AUGAACAGACAAUCACAUCUCAUCUCAGAAAAUAUUCAAAACGGAAAUCAUCCUAUUAUUGUUCAUACCCCAUUCAGAAUGACUGGUACUUUUGAUGGGGUUAUGUCAUUUGAUCAUAACCGUUUUCUAUUUAAUGGAAAUGCAAAGAUCAUUGAUGAAAGUGCAAUGGACAUGGAAUUAAAAGAUGAGUUGGACAAAGUAAUAGACCAAGAAGAACAAAAAAUAACUCAACAACAAGAAAAACAAUUGAAAGAAGCUGAAGAAGAAAAAAUAAUAAAUAAACAAAACGAGGAGAUAAAAGAAAUAAUUCCCACUAAAGAACUUAAUGAUGAAAUAGUUAUUUCAUCAGAAAGUGAAGAGGACAAUGAAACAAUUGUGAGAACUACACCACGAGUAAUUUCUAUUCACCAAAAGUUAUUAAAAGAAAAAAAACCAAGAAUUUCGUCAAUAGUCAAGGAAUCUUCUGAUUUAUUACCUAAAAAAGAAAGCAAAAUUGAAAGUGUUGAACCAAAGACUGAAGCACUACAAGGUAAAGAGCCAAAACAAAUGGAUGAACAAACAAAAGAAAUCAAACCAACAAAAGAAAUUAAAGCUACUAAACUUGUCAUUAAUGUCAACGAAAAUAAUAAACAACCAGAACCAAAAGAAGAAAAUAAAAAAACUACGUUUGAUACAAUUACAACUACAACUGACAAUUUCCUUGAAUCGUUGUUAUGUCUAGAGUGUAGCUUCGAUGAUUAA